AUGCUCUCUUUCACCAGCGCCGCCAUUGCUAUGGCCUUUGCUUUUCUGGCGUCUGCUCAGCACACCCUGCCUUCUGAUCAAGUUCCCUUCCAGGGCGGCAAUGUCUUCAAAAUCAACGACCCUGCCGUGAAGAACUACACCUUCUCCUAUAAGGAGCCCUUCCAUCCAGGGCUGUAUGGUGGCUACUACUACUGGGCUGUUGAUAACAAUACCGUUGCUGGUGCCAACUUCACCGGCCCCUACAUGGAGCAGGGCUAUGACUACUUCCCUGAUGGCGCGCUCAAGAUGAACCCUUACUUUAAGAUCGCUGAAGGUAGCCCCAAGGCCCUUAACAAAACCAAGCUGUUUGGCGACUGCCAGGAGUCCCGGGCUCAUAGCCGUGAUUUCUGCUGCGACAACCCGAACAUGGCCUGCGAGGGUAAGGUCAAGAAGAUCUUGCACGUCAUCUUCGAGAACGAGGUUUACAGCUGGACCAUGGCCUCCCCUUAUUGGCAGAUGCUGGCUACCAAGGGCAAGUCCUUAACCAACUUCCACGCUAUCACCCACCCCUCGUUGCCUAACUAUGCUGCCAUCGUGGCCGGUGACUUCUUCGGCCUGGCCAACGAGGAUUUCUUCAACGUCGAUGCUAGCACCAUCUACGACCUUCUGGAUCAUGCCGGUAUUGACUAUGCCACUUACAACGAGUGGUACAACCCUAUCGAGACCCACCGAGGUCCCAAGGACUGCAACAAUUACAUCUACAAUGGCCCGUAUGACAACACCAAUCCCAACUGGUCCUCCCAAACCUACCGGCGCCUGGAUGUCCCUGGUCUGCUCUUCAGUACAUAUACCUCCAACUACGAGCGUUGCACUAAGAUGUACGAUGCCAAUGCGACUUUUGCCGAGCACGUCAAUUCUCACGCUCUGCCCGCUUACUCGUACUACGUCCCGGAUAUGCUGCACAACGCCCACGACCCGGAGGGUAACAGCGACUACACCCACCAGCCUGACACCAGCGCCAUCUGGUUCAACUCCUGGCUCGACCUCUACCUUCCCGAGCUUGAGCGUCAGGGAACCCUUGUCGUUGCUACUUUCGACGAGGCUACCUGGCAGAACGACGACGACACCACUCCCAACAACGACAACCACAUCGUGACGAUGCUGUUCGGUGCUGGCGUCACUCCCAACACCAAGGACAAUACCUAUAUCACCACCUACGGUCUCCUCCGUGGUGCAAUCCAAAACUUCGGCCUCGGCUCCCUCGGUCGCAACGACACCAACGCCACCAAUGGCAAUCUGUACGAGUUGAUCCGCUAA